AUGUUGUAAUUAACAGUAGUUUCAUCACAGGAAGGGAUAAGGAACUUAUAACAACUGUCCACCCUGCACAAAUGUUGCUUUACAAGACAGCCUAGACAGGAGAACCCAGCUGUGAAUACAGAAUAAGACCAAUAAAACUGGGUAAAGUCUUCAUCUGAAGAUUCCACUAACUUCAGCUGACAUGCCUGGAACCAGAAAUUAUUUAACAUUGCUUUUAUCAUGGAGUUUGACCUCUUGGUACAUAGAAGCACUCACCAGUCCAAUUAUUCGGCUUGAGCCUGAGCAGACCGUAUACAUAGUGGACGAACGUAUCACAAUGAGAUGUGUGGCUAACAAUCCAUCCACUGUUACUGGAUACACUUUUUACAAAGACUCAGCAGUAACCUCCAAUAGUACUUUAAGUAAUAUACUGACCUUGAAUCUUAAAACAAGUGAUUUUGGAAAUUAUUUCUGCAUAUAUUACUCAAACAAUGGAAGUGAAUCACCAGAAAGCAACUUUGUAAAUCUUAGAGUAUUGGAGCAACCUCCCACACCAUCACUCUUUGUGACACCCCAAAGACAUGUCUUUAUAAAAGAUCAAUCAGCAGUCCUUCAAUGUCAACUACCCAAAGGACAGUCUUCAGCAGUAACUGGAAUCACACUUUAUCAAAAUGGAAGAGCAACAUAUGAAUCUGAUAACUUUGGAGUUCUGAGAUAUACUGAACUACAGACAAAGAACAGUGGGAAUUACUCCUGUGAGUAUACAGUUAAUAUAACAGGAAGAAUAAUCCAAUCUCAACUCACCGAAGAAGAAGUUUUGCUUGUGAUAGAGCAGCCUCCAAUGCCAAGUUUGCGUUACGCCUACAGCCUUCAAAGCCAAACUCAGCAAGUAGAACUGGUAUGUGACGUACCGAAUUCUUCCUUUUCCCAAAUCCAUGGAUAUCGUUUUUAUCUAAAUGGAAUAGAAAUAGAAUCAAGUAAUCAGGUUAAUCCUUUUACCUUGGAUUACACGCUGAUUUUUGAUGGAUGCUAUUCCUGUCGGGCAUUUGUAACACUAUUAGGAGAAGAGAUCCUAUCUCAAAGAAGUUUUGAGCAAUUCUUGUCAGUAGAAGGAAGAGACCAAAGACAAUGCCAGGAGAAUAAUUCCGAAGGCAGCAUCCUGUCAAAAAAAGGUUUAAAGUUCUAUGGAAGCCUACUUGCUGGAAAAAUUAUAGUCUUGAUAUUUGUACUUGGCAUCUUCGGUGGCUACUUACUUGUAAUUCAACAAAGAAUAAAGAAGUCUGCGGCACAAGCACAGGCACAGUGAUACAACUGAAAAAAGAACAAAUUCUGCUGCUUUCCUUUACAAUAACUU